UUUAAAAACAUCCACAUUGUUCCGUCCAUCAGUAACAUCUGGUCAUCAAACCGGGGUACUGUGGCUACAUUCUCCUGUUUUCCGGCGCAUUUUUUUAUUCUCCUCCAUCUCCGGGGAGGACAGAAAUCAAAGUUUAUAGUUCUUUCUUGCGUGAACCCAAAACGCGAACAUGCCCAGCAAGAGAAAGAAGAACAAGCUCCGCAUGAGAAGGGUGCAGGCCCAGAGGAGGGUCCUUGAGGAGCAGCAUUCUACUGGCGCAGGCAAAGGAACCUCAGGAGUGGCUGCCGUGGCACCCCCCAGUAGUAAAGGUCCAGUAGUAAAGGUCCCAGUCGUAAAGCCCCCUGAAAUAUCCAAUUGUCACCCCCUUAUUCCCCCCACUAUAGUAGUAAAGGUCCCAUUCGUACAGCCACCGGCCCCAGUCAAAUUACCAGAGCCUGAGCCUGCGGUGGCGGUUGUAGAGCCUGAAGUGGUAGCAGCUGAGGUUGAAGUUGAGACCCCAGUCGAAGCUCCAGUGGAGGUUGAAGUCGAGGCCCCAGAAGAAGUCCCAGUCGAGGACCCAGUCGAGGCCCCAGAAGAAGUCCCAGUCGAGGCUCCAGAAGAAGUCCCAGUCGAGGCACCAGUCGUAGAAGCAGAAGCUCCAGUUGAGCCCCCUACAGAAGAAACUACAGCAGGGCAGGAAGUUGAAGAAAGCAUAAUUCCAGGGACUGAGCCAGUAACUGAGGCCAUACCCAUUCCUGAGGCCCCUGUGUCAGUUCUUGCUGAAUUUAAGGUCGAAAACUCCGUAGCCAUUACCACAGAGAUCGCACAGACUCAUGAAGAGCCGUGGCUCGAGGCUGAAGUGGAGGCUGAAAUAGUUGACGAGGUCCAAGUGAAAGUAGAGGCAGUAGUUGAGGAAGAACCAGAGCCCGAUCCCGUGGUCAAGGCCGAAGCUGCCCCAGUUGUAGAAGCUGAACUUGAACUCGAAGAGUCGGGAAUCAAAGACGGAGACAGUCCUUUUGUCAAAGCUGAAGUCAUUCCUGAAGAUAUUGAUGUCGAAGAGCAUGAGACUGUUAUGACAGAGGCACCUGAAGAUGUUCCAGUGGAGACAGAAAUUAUCCCAGAAAAGCUGUGGAAGCCCGUGGAAGCACAGGUCGAAGAAGCCCCCAUAGCCGAGGUCGCUCCAGCAGAGCUCCUCGUAGAGGCCCCAGUAGACCCUGUCAUCAACAUAAUGGCUGACUUUGCCAUCACAGAAUCUGUUCCCGUUGUGGAGGCAGCCAUGGCUGAGCAGGUGCCCGCAGUCCCAACGGAUUCACUUGACGCCCUAUCGGAGUUGCUGAACGACAUCACUCGAGUCACUGAGCCUGCCCCUGUCACAGCUGAAAAAGUAAUUGACGAGCCAGAGUGUGAGGAGAAAGAGGUGACAAAGAUGGGGGUGAGAGACGACGUACUUCCACCCGAUUACCGGCCCUGCUCGGAGGGCCUGAUGGCUAAAGAGGAUAUUGAAGCCCAGAUGCAAAUCGAGGCUAAAAAGGAUGCCAUAGAUGAGAAGAUGGUCCUUGACGUCAUCUCUGGAGAUUUAUCCGCCCCCCACCCUGUCAUCUCAGAACUGCAGUGUCACACGCAGCUCGCCGCCCCCAAGGAUAUCCCAACAGAGGCAGUGCUGAAUGGACAGAUGGCAGCUGAGGUGGCCAUUGAGGGAUAGAUCUCUAUGGAUUUCCUCAGUCAGUAUGAAGGACUGAAGAGAGCCUGACGGUGAGCCGACCAGCGAACUUUACUUUUCAUUUUUUAGGGCUUAAAGGGACCGCUGGGAAAUUUGACAGACAUCCAACACUCAGUGCCUUUCUUGCUUGGGUUCUUACAAAAAAAAUAUUAAACAAGUUUAAAAUGCGAUAUGAAGGUGGGGGAAUAAGACUUUUUUUUUUUUAAUCAGAAUGUGACAAUUUGGAAUAAACAAAUGAUGGCUUUCAUAGAUUUCUGUAUCCCAUUGCGUGUAUUGUGGAUUUGCAUCAAUUGUAAAUGGCAUGCAUUGUGUAUGAAUACUGUAGAAUUGAUGAAUGUGGCAAUGGCUUGUCUUCACAUUUGGACCAUGUUUGUAUGGAUGAGAGGGAUUAAUUCCUUGUACACGUUUCCUGUUUUAACCUGGUUUGACGCCUUUUUGUGAAGGGACAGUAUCGCAGUUUGUACAGUACCAUAGCUACCCCCUCUUCUCCCUAUCCCCAUUGUGGUACUUUUGUUUUUUCAGGGACUGUAUGAUGACAGCUCCACCCUCUUUACUGUGUAGUGUCAGUGUGUCUACAGUCCCAAGUCUGUCCUGGGCAAUGUGAAAUGGUGUGUAGUUUUAGGUCCUCUGACCAGAUGCUCUUAACAUUUAAUUACCUACGCUGCCAACUGAAAACAGAGUAUGGGGGCCUGUAGAUCCUGUUUUUAGUUUUUCUGUUUUGUAUAGACCAUAUGAUGUGGUACAACCGCUGUUUGUGUUCAGUUACGUGCUCUGGAAGAGACCAUGGGGUUGUCAUGUAAUUGAGGAGCUGGGUUGGAUUUCAUUCACCUUUUUGAAUAAAGAUGUUACUCACCAAGUCCUUGA